AUGGACAGGAAAAGCCAGUCACUGAAGAAGUUAGAAGGUAUAAUAGGCAACGCCCAAGAUAUGAUCAAUUAUCUUAGUGCUGUCGAAAAAUAUGCGUGCUUGGUGAUGAUCGACUUCGGUGGUUUGACCACAAACAUCAAUGACUUGAUGGUCAUUGUGCGCAACCACGAUAGGCUCGAAAAAAUAAUCGUCGACCAGCUGCCUAUCAAGAAUGAAGUAAAAGUAUUUUGA